AAACCGGUCUCUCCUUAACUUCUUCCAACAUCGGGUGCCAGGCACGGUAAUCAUGUAAUCGAAUUCGCGCGUAUCGCUCUCGCUUCGUCGAGAUUUCAUUUCGUCGACGAUGUUGUGCCCCAGUCGAGGACCUCUCUCGAGGCGAGUUCUGCUUGGGAAAAAUGCGAGCUCUCUCGCUGCGAUUCUGCAACCAGAAUUGGGGGCCAUCAAAGAAGCCGGGACCUGGAAAAGGGAGAGAACGAUCGCCUCGGCACAAAGUACAAAGAUUCGCCUGUCAAACGGCCAGGAGGUCCUGAACUUUUGCGCGAAUAAUUAUUUAGGACUGGCGAACAAUCAAGAACUGAUAACGGCGGCGAAGAAAGCCUUGGACAAAUAUGGCGUUGGCUUGAGCUCCGUAAGAUUCAUCUGCGGCACGCAGGAUCUUCACGUAGAACUUGAAGAAAAAGUGGCAAAGUUCCACGGAAAGGAGAGCACGAUUCUGUACUCCUCGUGUUUCGAUGCCAAUGCUGGAAUUUUCGAAACUCUCUUGUCCCCCGAAGAUGCCGUUUUCAGCGACGAGCUCAACCAUGCCUCGAUUAUCGACGGCAUACGACUCUGUAAGGCGAAAAGAUUCAGGUACAACCACCGAGAUAUGGCGGAUUUGGAGCGGAAGCUUCGAGAAAACUCUUCCUCUCGAUUACGACUCAUCGCGACUGACGGAGUCUUCUCCAUGGAUGGCACUUUGGCACCUUUGCCGGAAAUCGUCAAUCUUGCCAAAAAGUAUAAUUGCUUGACGUUUGUGGACGAUUGUCACGCUACGGGGUUCUUUGGCAGGACUGGAAGAGGUACCGAGGAAUAUUUCAAUUGCCAAGGUAGGAUCGACAUCGUCAACUCCACCUUGGGAAAAGCUCUUGGAGGUGCUCAGGGUGGUUACACCACUGGCCCUAAAGAAUUGGUCGAUUUACUCAGACAACGCAGCAGACCGUAUUUAUUUUCCAAUUCGCUGCCUCCACCUAUUGUCGCAACGGGAAUUAAAGUCUUCGACAUCAUCUCCAAGGAUACGACGUUCGUGGACCGCCUGGAAAGCAAUACUAAACAUUUUCGAAAUUCAAUGGUUUCCGCUGGAUUCAAAAUAAGUGGUGACAACCAUCCCAUAAGUCCUGUCAUGCUCGGAGAUGCCAAGUUGGCGUCCACUUUCGCUGAGAAAAUGCUCGAGAGGAACAUUUAUGUGAUCGGCUUUAGCUACCCGGUGGUUCCCAUGGGCAAAGCCAGAAUUCGGGUGCAAAUUAGUGCAGCGCAUACGGAAGACGACAUCGACCUCGCGGUGAAUGCAUUUACAGAAAUUGGAAAGAAACUCGCUGUUAUUCGGUGAUAUAUCUAUAGAAAAUAAAGGUAUAUUAAACUAAGGUAUAA